AUGACCAACGAUAACUUCGAUGAGAUUUCCCCAUUUGAUGAGGAUAUCGACGUUGAAGAGCUUCUCGAACUUGAAUUCGAUGAGCUUCCCGAACUUGAUGACCUUCCCGAUUUUGAGGAUGUUCCCGAUUUUGAGGAUGUUCCCGAAUUUGAUGAGUUUCCCGGCUUUGAUGAGUUUCCCGUGCCAUCACCUAGAUGGAGAACGUACAGGGCCGAAACCCUCAAUUCCCAAUGGGAAGGAAUCAGGAACGCUCUUAAAUCAUCGCAACGAAACCAUGUGACGUGUCUAGCGUUCAUGCGGCUAGCCGUUGACUUGGCUCAAGUCCACUCAGAACGCUUUGGUCCUCAGAUCAUUAAAAAUCAACCUCUCGAACCACUUCUAGAUUUCUUCAGAUUCAUGGAAGGCCAGAAGCGCGACCUCCACUAUGAGACUGCCGUGUUCAUGGAAUCCUUCUUGAUGAUGGCAAUCAUUGAAGAGAAAACAAGGAUUUACUCUCAGAUUGGCGCAGAGUACAGCACAGCACAGUCCUAUGAGGACUUUUGGCAGUCGUACUUCAACAAUGGAGGCUAUUCGCACGUGGUCCCGGCAUUCAUUAAAUUUGACGAUCAAGGAGUUAUUAGCUUGGGCGAAGACGAGACGACGAUCUGGGGCAAUGAACGUGAACCAGAAUUUGUCCAAGCUGAUAAGUAUUGGGUGUUUGACGGCGAUGCCGCCCAGGACGGGAUUGUGCGCGUGCGAAGGGACUCUUGA